GGGCGCCUCCGCUCUCAGAAGCUCGCAAUCUAGACGCUCGCGAGGCGCUGUCCUUUCAGCACCAGGAGCCGGCCGAGGAGGGAGGAUUUUUGGCCGUCCUCCUCCUCUCCAAAUUGGCUUGAAUCUGCUCUGAUUCCCAAGAGUGCGACGCAGUCGGGAAGAAAAGCCUAAGGAUGGUGAAGCUGAACAGCAACCCCAGCGAGAAGGGACCCAAGCCACCUUCGGUGGAGGAUGGCUUCCAGACGGUCCCUCUCAUCACCCCCUUGGAGGUGAAUCACUUACAGCUGCCCGCUCCGGAAAAGGUGAUCGUGAAGACGAGGACAGAGUUCCAGCCCGAGCAGAAGAACAAAGGGAAGUUCCGGGUGCCGAAAAUCGCCGAGUUUACGGUCACCAUCCUCGUCAGCCUGGCCCUCGCGUUCCUCGCCUGCAUUGUGUUCCUGGUGGUUUACAAAGCCUUCACCUAUGAUCACAGCUGCCCAGAGGGCUUCGUCUAUAAGCACAAGCGCUGUAUCCCGGCCUCCCUGGAGGCCUACUACUCGUCCCAGGACCCCAGCUCCAGAAGCCGCUUCUACACGGUCAUCAGCCACUACAGCGUGGCCAAGCAGAGCACUGCCCGGGCUAUAGGGCCGUGGCUGUCGGCGGCCGCCGUCAUCCAUGAGCCCAAACCACCCAAGACCCAGGGCCAUUAGAGGCCCACCGCAGCCAGAAUGGGGGUGGAGGGGGGAACCCCCGUUGGCUAAGCCAGGCUCCAGUUACAAGACCGCGCUGUACU